AUGCCUCAAAACACACAACAUGAGCUGACGAGGAGCUACGCCGGUCGUACGCUGUCCCAUCGCCAUGGAUCCCGUGCCGCAAACGCCGAUGCGUCGGGCUUCUGCCCUGCGACGCUGGAGGACGAACUAAUUCUCGAAGAGCAGCGUCGAGAGGCAUUGAAACGGCUACUGACCCAGCCCGAGUACCCGUCUCGGAAGAAAUUGGUAGUCCCUUUUUCCAAAGCGCCCCUUGCCUCCUCUCUGACCUCGAUGAGUCCCCGGCAGGCAAGCAAUCUCCAGCCACCCAUAAACCGACUUCCAAACGAGUUGCUCUGCGCGAUAUUCCUCAACUGCGGUGACCCGAGUCCUGGAUUUGCAUUUCUUCACGAUUGGCAUAUGCAUACUUUCCUGCUAUCUCCUUACGAUGCAAAGCUAUUCAGCAGGACUGCAGUCCUCCUUGGGCAUGUCUGUGCGCGGUGGUUCAUGCUGACGCGCGGUUUCCCCGGUUUAUGGACUCUUGUCGACGUCGGCUACCCCAACCGGGAAGCCACAAGCGUAUUGAAACGAUGUCUAUUAUACUCUGCAGGACAGCCGCUUACGCUCUGGAUCAACGCGCACGGGCGACCGAAUGGUCACAAGGAGGUCGCGGACCUGCGAUUCAUGCCCCUCGUAGCCGCCAAUGCCCAGCGGUGGGUCGAAAUAUCCAUCUCGCUAUGCGAUGACGGCACUCUUCUGGACCCUCUGAUGGCGCUGCCCCACGGGUCAUUCAAGAUACUCUCAAGAGCUUGCAUCAACUUCUUCAACCUGACUGUGCGCAACGGCGAGAAAACGGCCACUCAGGACACACGGCUAUGCAAUGCUCUGCACGCGUCACCCAAUCUGACCACGGUAGGUUGGAAAUGCACUGAGUUCAUACGACUAGGGCUCGCCUCCGCACCCCUCCGGCAACUGACCAGCAUCGCAUUGCAUGAUGCCGAGCCGACUGAGCUUUCUCGAGUAGUCUACGCCUGCGCCAACCUUGAGUUCCUAUUGGUCCGCAUCAAUCCAUGCAAAGAUUGGAUGCAACGCCGAACUCAUACACUUGGGUUCCAUUCCCCCAUUUGCCUACGCCGUCUGCGAACCCUGGCGCUGGUUGGGUCGCUCGAUUGGAUGCCGCUUUUUGAGGCGCUUAUUGUCCCUGCUCUUGAUCGCCUUGAUUUGGGGAACCAGGAGAUUCCUACUCAUGUCAUAGAGGGCAUGCUGCUCAGAUCACGCGCAACCCUCCCCCGCCUCUGCGCGAAAUCAAAGUUCUACGCUAUCCAUUGCCCCAUCGCGACAGAGGGAUUCCUCCCUAACACGUCCACUCGCCUUCUCCGCUACACGCUCAAGACGAGCAGCUACGCGCCCAGUAUUGACCAGGGGGAGAGGAUGAUAUCGAAUGUUGUAGGGCAGGAUACCUUAGGCGGCGUGAGCCACGCAGGUCUCACACCAUCCCCUCAUGGCAUCUCUCCAGACGCGCGGGACGCACCGGCAGACGUCGGAUCUACCUCAAGCGCCACGCGCGAUCUCGAAUUAGCCCUAGAAGCACGACGUCGCGAGGCGUUGAAACGAGUACUCACUCAGCCCGAGCAUCCAACCCAAAAGGCGGGCUCGAAGUCCGCAAAAGCGCUCAUCCAUUCCGACUCGAGCUCGAUGAGUCAUCGGCAGGCUCAUAACUCCCAACUUCCCAUUAACCGCCUUCCCAACGAAUUACUCUGCGCGAUCUUCUUUGUCUGCGGCGACCCGAGUCCUGCAUCCGUCUUCCCGCGCGACUCCUCGAUGCACGACCUCCACAUAAAUCCUCUCAAUCUGAAGUCCUACAGUAGGAACGCAAUUCUCCUCGGAGUCGUUUGUUCGCGAUGGUAUCGCGUCACACAUGGGUUCCCCGCGCUCUGGACCCUUGUCGACGUCGAGUAUCCAGCUCGUUAUGCGACGAACAUCCUGAAGCGAUGUCUUGCGCAUUCUGAUGGCCUCCCACUCACGCUCUGGAUCAGUGAAAGCGUGAACCCAUGGUUUGGCAUGAACGGCGAGGACCCGGACCCGCGCUUUAUGGACCUCGUGGCCGCCAAUGCCCACCGAUGGAGAGAAAUCUCCAUCGAGCUAUACGACAGACGCGAUGCUGUACAGCCGCUGAUUGCAUUGCCGCCGGGAGCAUUUAGAAUUCUCUCUAGGGCCCGUAUAAACUUCUACAGCCUGAAUGCGGAGGAGUCUUCCUUGGAUACGCAGCUAUGGAGGUCUUGGCUUACGUCUCCGACGCUCAGCUCGGUAGACUGGGUCAACACUGAGCACAUUCGAUCAGGACUUGCCGUCGCAUCCCUCCAGCGUCUGACCAGCAUCGGCAUGCAUUUCGCUGAGCCUGCCAUGCUGGCUUGCAUACUUAACACUUGCCUCAGCCUCGAGGUUCUACUGGUCGAGAUCGAACCGCAUACACUGAGGAUGAGAAGCAUGCCUCUCACGCUCAAUUCGAUCUCCCUCCCCCACUUGCGAACCUUGAUGCUGUGCGGGCCUUACAAUUGGACGCCACUUUUCAACGCACUCACUAUCCCUGCCAUUGACCGACUGGAGCUAUCGCGUCAGAAUAUCAACGGACACGACAUAGAGGGCAUGCUGCAGAGGUCCUGCGCACGCCUUCGCAUGCUCACGAUAUUUUGGCCGGGGUUGAACCAGGCGGAUCAUAUUCUUGCAAUAGUCCGCAGCGCGUCUCUACGCGGCCUCAAGGUACUGCGUUAUCAGUGCUCUCCCCAUGGCGGAGCAAACCAAGGAUGGGAGGAUGCGUUUGACAUACGCCCGUUCGUUCCUGCCGGAGUUCUAUACACAGCUGACGCUAACGAAGCCGAGUGCUUGUACGCUAGGCUUGAGAAUAGUCGCAAUUAGAUAGAUGGAUUAUAUCGUACCAU